AUACAACUUCCCUUGCCUCGGUCACUUCCUCUUCCGCCAUCAUCGUCCGUUAUAGUGCAUCGUUCUCAACAGAGCUAAGGCCAAUCCGGCGACGUGUACUGUGAAUUUCGGACAUCGAAAGAAAAUAAACUAACCAAAAACAAAAAAUGGCUUCCAACGACGAACUGGCCUGUGUAUAUGCCGCCCUCAUCCUCGCUGAUGAUCAAGUAGCCAUUACAGAUGACAAGCUGGCAACCAUUCUCAAGACAGCCAAGGUGACUGUUGAACCAUACUGGCCAGGCCUGUUUGCCAAGGCCCUGGAUGGAGUGAAUGUUCGCGAACUCAUCUCAAACAUCGCCAGCUCUGCUGGAUCUGCAGCCCCUGCUGGUGGAGCAGGUGCUGCCCCUGCCGCUGAGGAAAAGAAAGAGGAAAAGAAAGAAGAGAAGAAAGAGGAGUCGGACGAGUCUGAUGACGAUAUGGGCUUUGGUCUGUUCGACUAAGAAGACGGACAUUUGGUUUUAUUCUGUACAUACACUGUAACAUUAAAAACAAAAGGUCCUUCAA